CGGCCGCCGCCCGCACUCGCUUGUCUCACCGCGGGACCGACCGACUUAUGCGACCCCCUCCGCAACGCCUUUCCUUUCCGGGAAGCGCCCGGAGUCGGCGGCAGGGUUCACGAAGCGCGCCACUUUUGCGGAGCGGGUUGCGAACAGCAAGAUGUGGGACGUUGUAGAGGAUGCCGCCGACGACGCACUCGUAAACGUCGCGAUUCGGAACUACCUUGCCUUUCUCUGGAAUCUAUGCCAAUUGUUCGCAACACUGGGUGUCGUGAACAUGCUUUUUCUCCUGCCGGACGUAUUGCAGCAGGGCGAGAUUGGAGAUGUGGUACCUAUCGCGAUCCAGCUAGAUUCCAAGCACAAGUUCUGGCGCACCUACCUCGUAAUUUGGGUUUCAACCAUCACAACGCUCUUCUACGUCCACAAAUUCCUGCGCAGCAUUUUGGUUCCACUGCAGUACAGCUGGGGGAGGCACUGUUCGCGGACCACCGUCCUCCUCCGUGGCAUUCCGCGGGGCCCGCGCUCCUACUUUUUCGGGCCACUGCUUCCUGGUGCAGCAGUAGCCGGUGGCCGAGUCACCGCAACCGAUCUGUUCGACAUGUCGCGGCGCGACGUAGUGCGAGUCGAGCGGGACUUACGUGAUGCGUUGGUGUUGUGGUUCGUGCAGCGCGAACAGCAAAAGAGCAGCAUGACCGCGCAGGAGCGAAGCAAUUUCGAGGCUGGAUUCUACAGCCCUCCCGUUCACUUGAUUUCGCCACGGCCCGAGCACCAAGAUAGUAUUGAUCUGGCAGCUUCCGGUGGGGAUGGAGGUCCCGCUGCUCGGAGUAGCAGCAGCAGCCGCUCGGAUCAGGACGAUCCGGAAUCCCCGACGUUGCGCCCGCUAGAGGCCGCACCGUGGAGAGCCCGGAAAGUUGAGGCGACUUCCGCGCAACAAACGCCGCCGCUGUUCGGUAAUGGGCAUAGAUCGUCCUCCAAAGCAGAAGAAAGCAGCCGCACUAUUGUAACUCCGCCGGGCGUCGCAACGCCGGUCACGAUGAAUUCGCCCGUCGCACUCCUCGAGGCAGAAAAAGCGCGGCGUCGCGAGCCUGCGGACUCGCUGUCCCGUAUUCGUCUCGGUGACGAAUACUUCCAAGCCGAGCCCGCCUGCUCCUCUCGGUUUACAGAUCAGUUGAUAGCGCGCAUCAACGACGGAAAGCCGUUGGAGCUCGCCGAGGUCGCCCGCGAGCAUCCGAUCGUGCGCAGAUUUCUCGCGCAACAAAGCAAAGGUCGCAGCGCAAGUGCGCGCAAAGGAACGCCCCGGGGGUCGUCUUCGCGAGACGGUGGUCUUCCGCACCUGUCUGAAUUUACCGGUGGAGUGGACCAAAAGCCGGGCGUGUCACAGGUAGAGCAGCGAGACACAGUGUACUACGCGGAGCGCGAGAGAUCAGCGAGCGGCUACGAGUUCCGCCUCCUGGACGAGGAAGACAACAUGCGCAUACUCGCUCCCGGAUCUUCCGCUUCGUCAAACGAACUCAUCCUCCCCGACACCCGGAUUUCAAUCGACGCGGCCGCCGCAGCUGUCUUUGCGAGCACGGAAGGUGGAGCGACGGCGUUGACAACAAGCAAAGGGCGGAUUUUGGCAGUGCACGUUGUUCCUAGCUGCGCAGAAGUACUAGACUUGCAGCGCCAGUAUGCCGAUGCGUGUGCCGCUUUGGCGCACUUUCAGGACCGGUUAGAAACCGUCAGAACCAAACUCGGCCGCGGUAACUCCGUGCACGCGGCUGAACCGGUCGCUACGCGGGAGGUACACGUAGAGGCGACGAUAAGUAGUGCGCCGCUGCUUCGUACUGGGGAGCAGACUCACGACACAACUUCACUCCCGCUUCCGGAUCAUGACAACUCUGCCGACGUUCCCACCAAUGCCACCACUUGCUUCGACCGGCUGAUGCAGUCCUUCAUCGCCAGAGUGCAGGCGUUUUUGACGUUCUACUGGCUGUUGGAGGCGUUUCUGCAGAUUCGCGUGAUGUAUCUCAAGGCUUGCCUGCUGACGGUGAGUGAAAAGCUGGUGGAAAAGCUCACUUCCAGUGGCAGCCUGUCCGGGCUUGCCUUCGUCACCUUUCGCAGCUCGAAGGACGCGAAAAAGCUGGUGCGCAGCGGGACGUUUUCCUUCGGACGCCCGCCCUUCCAGGCGAUCACGCUGGAGGCCUCGCGGGCGCCCAGCCCCUCGGACAUUUUCUGGAGCAACGUGCACGUGUCGGACGUGUGGCGCGGGACCGUGCGGUGGACGCUGACGCUGUAUUCUGAGUAAAAACGUCCCCACCCCAGAGUUGUAAUGCAAAAACGCAUGCCCAAAAUGUUUCUAAUGCGGAGCCCCAUGAGAAGCAAUUUCUACUCGUGUUUUGGAACUUGUAAUGCUCCAAUCAGCAUGGUAGGCCAGAUUUGUGAUGCUUCCGAACGAGCUAAACAGCAUUACAAUUAUAUGAGGCCAAACUUGUCAUGCGCAACAACCUAAGUUCGUAGAUUUGUCUAGCAGUUUUCCCAUCUUGACUAUGGGGUGGGACGUUUUUACUCAGAAUACGCUGCUGCUGUUCCUCUUCCUCCUCGUCCUGGUCACGCCCGUGGUCAUCACCCAGGCAAUAUCACAGGAAAAAAGUGUUACAAUUACACAUUUGUUGGAGUUUCUGCAUCACAAAGUUGCUCGACGUGGCAAAGAAAAGCUGUAAUGCGCAGACUCAAGGGGAAAAAAAGCAUGAAAUGAGGCUGACAAGCAUUUCCUGCAUGACAGAGGGUGUCUGUCUUGCUUGUCUUCCAUUAGGGUGUGUAACUGCAACACUUUUUGCUCAGGAUUGGCCAUCACACCGCUGGUAAACGCGGUGAAGAACGGGACGAGCCGGUGGGAAAAGUACCUGACCAAGGCGCUCGACCGGUACGACGAGGUAUUCUGGAGCUACCUGACGGACUACCUCCCCAUCGUGAUGCUACUCGCUAUAUCAAAAUGAAAAAUCCCCGCUCCCGAUAUCAAAAUGGAAACUUGUAAUGCUGAUUUGUAGUCACAAAUCUUUUCCUAGAUAAGAAUGUCUUGCCUAUAUGGUAAUAGGAGCCUUGUGGCGCAUUCUACAGCCAGUCUGUCAUGCGCUUUCGACUACUGCAAGCCUGUUUGCCAUGCCUAAUUGCUAGCCUUCUGCAUACCCGAACAGGCUUAGAAAAUACCGGCAGGCAGCGUCUGCAAGACAAAUCUGAUUAGUGGUCACAGACUAGCACCACAAAUUUUGAUUUUGAUAUGGGGAGGGGGGAUUUUUUCUGACAAUACGCUAUCAACACGGUGCUGGUGCCGUUCCUCAUCUCCUGGAUCGCGCGGUGGCAGCGGGGCGAGCUAUGCUUUGCAAAAGUAUCGUAUUCGUAUAAAUGCAUUACAAAUUUCCUCAGCAUGAGAAAUGAAAUUUGUGAUGCGGAUUUAGCUUAAGAACGCGAUUUGUAAUGUAUGAAUGCAAUUACUACGAGUGCAAUACUUUUGCACAGGAUAUGAGCUCCGCAGCGACUACGACGUCACCUGCUUGCGCCUGAACCUGCUCACCUCCAUAUCAUGAGGAAAAACGUCCCCACCCCAGAGUUGUCAUGCAAAUCUGCAUGCCAAAAAAGUUUCUCAUGCGGAGCCCCAUGAGAAGCGUUUUCUAGUCGUGUUGUAGAAUUUGUGAUGCUCUAAUCAGCAUGCUAUGCUAGAUCUGUGAUGCUGCUGGAGCUAGCUCAACAGGAUUACACUACGAGGACAAACUUGUCAUGCCAAACAACGAAAGCUAGUUGAUUUGUCUAGCAGAUUUCCCAUCUUGACUCUAGUGUGGGGACGUUUUUGCUCAGGAUACUCCACGCUCAACGUCGUGCUUCUGCCCCUCGUAGGUUUCACCAGUCUGCAGGCGCUGCUGCAGUUUGAAAUCUACAACGCCGGGCCCCCGCCGGCGGGGAGCCGGGCGACUGCCGCGGUUACAGCAGCGCGGACGGAGGGAGAUGAAGCAGCAGGUUUGACGAGCGGGGCGAACGAAAACUUCUGGUUGCGCUUCGGAGAGUCCAUUGCGUUCUCCGUGUCCGGCGUUUUCACCCUGCGAUACCUGAUCAACUGCGCUUUCCUCACGGCCAGUACGCAGCUCACGCAAGUUUCGCAGGCGUUUUACCGCUUCUUCAUGCAGAGGUUUGUGGCCGUCACCGAUCUGGAAAGAGUAAGGGAUGAAACAAGACAGGGAGGCGGCAAGAAACUUUUGCAUCGUUUUCUCUGGUGGCGUACAAAAAUGGUUCAAACGCUGUUUUGACAAAACAACACUUCGUAGGAGAAAAGUUGCUUGGCACCGCUGUCGGUUUGUCGGUUUAGCGACUGACAAUGUGCCUGAGUAGUUUUCCACCUCCUACGAAGCGUUCCCUGAAGCGAGUGGGUGCGCAACUAUUUGUUUCUUUUUAGGUAAAAAGUCAGGGCGUAAUUUGGCAAGUCUUUACAACUUGAUGGCGUUUACCGAACCGACACCGAGAGGAAUGAUUAUCUCGCCGCUCCCUGCUUUUUCUGUUUCAGACUCGGACACACUGACUGCGCCGUGGCCGUUUGACUGGGGGUACUGGUACGCGUGGAGCUUGGUAAUUCUGUUUCAGGGGCUCUUUUUCGGCGUGUGCGUUCCCGCGGUGCCCUUUUUGGCGUCCCUUCUUUUCUACAUCAAGUAUCGGACCGACAAGUACAAUUUGUUCUACUCGGUGUACUAUGAACUGCAAAAGCAUCGUACUAGUAUGAAUUGCAUUACAAAUUAGCCCAGCAUUACAAAUUCAAUUUGUAAUGCUCAUUUACCUUGGAAAAGAGAUUUGUAAUGCAGAAAUGCAAUUACUACGAGUACGAUACUUUUGCACAGGAUAUGUACUCAAGCUAUCAGGAGGAAGCCGUCGACAAACUGCUUCCUUUGGUGCUGCAAGCGAUGCUGUUGGCGAUUUCCUGGAUGCAGUUUUUCGUGUCGGGCUGGCUCUUCGUCAAGAUCGUCCCGGGGCUCUUCUUCUUUUCCGCCGGGGUAGACCAGGAGGGAACAACUGUAGUGUCUUCGAACGCCUUGCUCGGAGCUGCAAACAGGGCGGUAGAUCAAGAUGACAAAGCCAGCGACGAUAAAGGUCCGUCAUGGUACGAGCAAAGUCAAGUGGCGAACGCGGCAACGAUUUUCCUUUUGUUUUCCUCCUUCUGCUUCGUGUUCUACUCCUACUACCUUUCCGGCCUACUGCAAAACGCGCUGACGCAGCACGUGCGCAGUGACACGGGCGACAUAGAGGACACGUCGGCCAGUGAGGAGGAGUGGGAGGUUGAGUGGAAGAACAAUCCGAAGCUGCAUAUGCAUUGCAAAUAUGUCUGGGUCUGGAAACAUGUAAACUUCUCAUGCGCAUUUGAGACCACGAAAAAAUCUGUCAUGCAUGGACAGCAAAAGUUGCUCAUUUCUUGUCACCCAAAGAGGGAACUUGUCAUGCGGAUUAGGCAUCACUUAACCUGCCCAAAACCUGUGUUGCUAGGACUUGCAUGCCAGACCUUCUGUGUCAUGCACAAACAGCAUCACCCUCUUUCAGACCCAGACAUAUUUGCAUUUGAUACUGCAACACAUGCUGCAAAACGCUUAUCUUCCGCCCGUGAUGGACCAAAACACCAAGCGCUGGUCCGCUAAGCUUUUGCAGAACUUUCGCAUUUACGACUUUCUGAAGUUGUACGAGUAAUUUUUUUACGGCUCCUUGUCGUACAAAUUCAUGCAUUCAAGCAAU